CAAUAAAUAGAUUCCACACCUUCCCUUUGAACAUCCACCUUCCACCACAAAAACCACAAUCAUGGCGGAUUCUACUGCUCCAGAAGUUGCGCAAGAAGGGCCAUCUAAGAGCGCCUUGAAAAAGGCUGCCAAAGAAGCAAAAAUGGCCGCAGAUAAAGCCGCAAAAGCUGCCAAAAAUACAGCGCUUCCGCUGGGGGGUAAGAAAACAGAUGAUAUUAUUGGUAUCACAGUCAAGAAGUCGGAAGAUUUCUCGCAAUGGUAUCAGGAGGUAGUAUUGAAAGCAGAGAUGAUCGAGUAUUAUAAUGAAAUCUCUGGUUUCUUUAUUUUACGUCCCCAAUCUAUGUUUAUCUGGAAUCAGAUUCGAAGUUGGUUUCAAGCGCAAAUUGAGACACUUGAUGUAGAGGAGGCUAGUUUUCCAAUGUUCUUAUCUUCAAAGUCAUUAGAGAAAGAGAAGGACCAUGUUGAGGGUUUUGCUCCCGAGCUUGCUUGGGUUACCAAGGCGUGAGUUUCGUCGUUAUCUUGUUCCCAUUCUACCCUACUGUACUAACUGCAAUAAAGUGGUGAUAAAGACCUCGAAGUCCCUGUCGCAGUUCGUCCUACUUCUGAAGCUGUCAUGUACCCAUACUACUCGAAAUGGAUCCGAAGUCAUCGUGACCUUCCUUUGCGAUUGAAUCAGUGGAACAGUGUUGUUCGUUGGGAGGCCAAACAAACAACUCCAUUCUUGAGAGCUAGAGAAUUCUUAUGGCAAGAAGGACAUACCGCACAUCUUACAGAAAAACUCGCUGGCGAGGAAGUUCUUCAGAUCCUUGAGUUUUAUGCCGGUGUCUACGAACAAUUAUUGGCAGUUCCAGUUGUUCGUGGUCGCAAAACCGAGAAGGAGAAGUUUGCAGGAGGAUAUUAUACUACCACAGUUGAAGGAUAUAUUCCAUCUAAUGGACGUGGUAUUCAAGGUGCUACUUCUCACUGCCUCGGUCAAAACUUUAGUAAGAUGUUCGAUAUUACUGUCGAGGACCCAACUCCAAAAAAUGGCGAAAAGGCUGGUCAUCUUCACGUCUGGCAAAACUCUUGGGGUCUUUCGACUCGUGUUAUCGGUGUCAUGGUCAUGAUUCACGGUGAUGACAAAGGGCUUGUUCUUCCACCACGAAUCGCAAAACUCCAAGCAAUCAUCAUCCCAGUAGGCAUCACAAAUAAAACUACCCCUGAAGAAAAAGCCAAGAGAUACGAUGAGCUCCAAUCUAUCAAGGAUACUCUCAAAAAAGCCGGUGUCCGCGCCGAUUACGAUAUCCGCGAUGGAUAUACCCCAGCCUGGAAAUUCAAUGAUUGGGAAUUGAAGGGAGUUCCUCUCCGUCUUGAAUAUGGACCGAGAGAUGCCGCCCAAGAAGUCGUCUCUUACGCUCGUCGUGAUACCGGUGAGAAAGGCACGAUUUCUAUUGCAAAUCUUUCGACCGAAAUCCCAGCACUCCUCGAAACCAUCCAAAGCUCUCUCUAUAUUAAGGCCGAAGCAUCAUUCAGAGCCCAUCGACUCGUCAUCAACGAGUGGAGCGAAGUCGUCCCUGCACUUGAUGCCAAGAAUGUAGUCCUUAUCCCAUCCUGCUUGGGCGAAAAGUGCGAAGAUAAGAUUAAGGACUUGACGAAGGGCGGUGCUAGUGAAGAAGUCGGACCUGAUGGAAGGAAGGUUCCCACGAUGGGAAUGAAGAGUUUGUGUAUUCCAUUUGAGCAACCAGAAGGCCUUGUCAAGGGUGAAACGAAAUGUUUGAACCCAGAGUGUGGAGUCUUGGCAGAGAAAUAUUGUAUGUACGGAAGAAGUUAUUAGAUUUUGCAAAUUGAUAGGACGGGGGAGUUUGGAGAAAGAGACAAGACGCAUGGUUGAAUGGAAGGAGUUUGAUGAAUGAUGAUCAAGAUGGAUAUGUCAACCAGAGCUCAAUGAUUAGAUGGCGAAAAAGAGUUUGUGAGUUAUUUUUCGUACUAGUUUUAGAGCGUCAAGUUGCUUUUCAAGACAAUGCAAGAAAGAAAGAAAUGAAUACAACUUCAAUAUCUCUCCAAGGUCAUCUUACAGUACUUCAAUAU